CCGCUCGACCUGCUCGGCGCUCGGCCGGCCGCCCUGCGCAUGCGCGCUGGCUGCAAGUGUCGGCUGCGCCACCAUGUCUACCGCCAUGAACUUCGGCUCCAAGAGUUUCCAGCCGCGGCCGCCGGACAAGGGCAGCUUCCCGCUGGACCACUUCGGUGAAUGUAAAAAGUUCAAGGAGAAAUUCAUGAAAUGUCUUCGUGACAACGAUUUUGAGAACGCAAUGUGCAGGAACGAGUCGAAAGAAUACUUAGAGUGCAGGAUGGAGAGGCAACUCAUGGCGCCGGAACCGCUGGAGAAGUUGGGGUUUGCAGACCUGGCGGCUGGGAAGUCGGGGGCUAGGAGCUAACUCUGGAUGGGACAGGACUCAGAGCCCUGGGCCUGUGCCCUGCUGGCUAACCUCCAUGGACGGACACUCUCCUUCCCUUUGGCUCCGGGGCCUCACCUGGCAGUGCUCAGGGCUCAUUCCUGUGGUGACCCGGGGAUCGAACCUGGGCCAGCUGCGUGCACAGCAAGCACCCCCUCCCCAUCCGUCUACACUGCAGCCCUCCCUGUGGUUCAGAUGGAGGUGCAAGGCCUGGCCCGGUGUGCCCAGAGGGCGGCGGGAGGGGGGGGAAACGAAGACUUCCGGUGGUGGUGAUGCCGUCUGGGUCCUUGGCUCUUUCAGGGAUUCCAGCGCCUGGGGGGCAGCCUCUGCCUGCUGCUACCCUGCACCUGCGCCCCACCCCACACCCCUGCCCCCAGCAGACCCCCUCCCCCCCCACUCUGGGGAGAUUCUGCAACCACCGACCACCUGGAGGUAAGGCUGACCCUGCACAUGCUGACUCAGUGCCUCGUGGCCACAAGACCUGACACCCCACUGACCCAGAAGUGGGGUCCACAGGCUGGGGGUGUGUCUGCUCCCACCUGUGAGCACUCCUCACACCUUGGUUUCUAGAAUUCUCCGACUAUUUGAGUAUCAGAAUAGGGAGUUGGGGUCUGCUGCCCCUGCACUGCUCACUGGAUUGUGGAGGGCCGUGGCUGGCAUCCACCCUCGCCGACUUGGAAGCCGGGGGCUGUGACCCCCAGCCAGACCUGUGUGCUGAGCAGUUGCUGAAGGACGAUGGACUCUGCUGGUGUGGCCCAGUCCCGGCUGGCACCCCCUUUGUCUGGGACCACCAGACAGGCCUGCCCAGUAGAGGCAGUGCCUAGGGACUUGGGUGGGUGGGAGGACCCCGGAAGUUCUGCCCAUGCACUGGCCUCCUUGCACAUCUUUGGAGGUUUGACCUUUAAAAAUGGAAGCUGGAAAGUCACCGUGGCUCCUGGCUGGAUUCUGGGAUUACGCAAACUCACUGCUGUGGGUGGAGUCGCCCUCGCCUGCACAUUUCC